AAAAAUGUAAUAUCAAUCCUCAAAGAAAUAUGGUGUAAAAAACGACCCCGACGAGACGAAUUUGUCCCUCUUAUAACAUCAAUGAGACCCCUUCUUUAUUCUUUCUUUGUGGAGAACAGAAAUGGCUACAGCAAUAUUUCUUCGAAGGUCGCCAUUGAAGCUACUCUCUCAAUGUCAAAGCUCCAUCUACUCGCUCUCUUCUCUUCCUUCUGCUACUUUCUACAAUAAUCAUCACUAUCAUCUUCGCGUCAAUGGUUUUCAAUCUCUCUCCAACUUUUCCGACGAGGCAUACUUCUUCUCUCGCUAUCUCCCUCGAAAAGAACAACUGUCCUCCAUGACAUCUAUUUUUGACGGCCUAAAGAGGUUGUAUGAACAGAAGCUGAAGCCUUUGGAGCUGACUUACCAUUUCAAUGACUUUGCAUCUCCAUUGUUAACGAAUAGCGACUUUGAUGCAAAACCUAUGGUCAUGCUUCUGGGGCAGUAUUCUACUGGGAAAACAACCUUUAUCAAACACUUGCUCAAAAGUGACUAUCCUGGGGCACACGUUGGGCCAGAGCCAACAACAGAUAGAUUUAUUGUCAUUAUGUCUGGUUCUGAUGAAAGACGUAUACCGGGAAACACGAUUACUGUUCAAGAAGACAUGCCUUACAAAGGUCUGACAAUCUUUGGGUCUGCUUUUCUAUCAAAGCUGGAGUGUUCACAGAUGCCACAUCCGAUUUUGGAGCAUAUGACUCUCAUUGAUACCCCUGGGGUAUUGUCAGGGGAGAAGCAACGCAUAGAAAGAAGUUAUGACUUCAUUGGUGUGACAUCUUGGUUUGCUUCCAAAAGUGACCUAAUUUUGCUCCUUUUUGAUCCUCACAAACUUGAUAUUAGUGAUGAAUUCAAGCGUGUGAUCUCAUCUCUAAAAGGUCAUGAUGAUAAAAUACGCGUUGUUCUGAACAAGGCAGAUCAAGUGGAUACCCAACAGUUGAUGAGGAUUUAUGGAGCCUUGAUGUGGUCAUUAGGGAAAGUUCUAAAUACUCCUGAGGUUGCCCGUGUGUACAUUGGCUCUUUUAAUGAUGGGCCUUUAAAUGAAGCAGUUGGUCCAAUCGGUCAAGAUUUGUUCUUAAAAGAGCAAAAUGAUCUUCUUGCUGAUCUUAGAGAUAUUCCAAAGAAUGCUUGUAAUCGAAGAGUGAACGAAUUUGUGAAGCGAGCUAGGGCAGCGAAGAUCCAUGCCCUAAUCAUCGGUCAUCUAAAGAAGGAGAUGCCUGUUUUGAUAGGCAAGGCCAAGGCGCAAGAGACUCUCAUUGAGAACUUGGAGAUUGAAUUCAAAAAGGUCCAGAGGGAAUACCGUUUACCGGCAGGAGAUUUCCCCGAUGUGGAGCAUUUUAAGGAAGUCCUUAGAGGUUACAGUAUAGAUAAAUUUGAGAAGUUGAAACCAAAAAUGAUCCAAGCUGUUGAUGAGAUGUUGGGUUAUGACAUCCCAGAGCUUCUCCAAGAAUUUCAAACUUCAACCAAUGAUUUGAAUUAAGAUACAAACUAACUUUGCUUGCAUAAUGAACACUGUUCAGAAUAUCAAAACCAAAGAAGAUUUUGGAAUUUUUUUUGACAUGUUUCGCAUUUUUUGGAUCAAGGCUUUGACAUUGUUGUUGGCAAACAUUUUUGCGCCCUUUUACUCUUGGGGACUUGCUGCUGAGAGGGUAGGCUUACUCUUGAAUACUGACAUGAAAGGUUGUGUACAGUCCAAAAAUAAACGAUCAUAAUGAAUGGAAUUAUGGCAUCUAUAUUCAUUUAUGUACAUUAUACUUCGAACAGGAGAAACAAAAAUAAUCGCCCAUCUUAAGCACUCAAAGAUUGUGAAUCAUUCUUUGGAAAAGAAACGUGCUAUUUUAACUGCAGUGGAAUUUGGUUUUUUCGUUCAAUGAUUUUAAAUUCAGGGUAGUUAAAGUGAAUGCCAUAGUAAGUGAGGAUAGCAAAGGAAUGAUAUGAUAAGAUGGGAUUACGGAAGUAGUCUCCCUGUUUGGAUCGUUGGUCAAGUUUAUCUCCCUGUUUGGAUUGUUGGUCAAGUUUUGAGUCAAGUGUUUGAGGUUAGGUGCUUUUCAGAUUUUAUCCCGUGCAGUUAGGAUUUCAUUCGGUUUGAUUUUAUGUUUCAAUAACGAUCUAAAUGAGAUUGAGCUGGGGUUCAAAUGGGUUACUUUUACCCAAUUAAUCUGCACUGAAUUUUAGUGCGGCUUACCGUUUAGUUGCAUGAUUUAAGGUGGUGGUUUACAUAGGCAAUAUAAAUCCGAGUGCACUUGUUGGCAACAACAAUCUCUCCGUAGAAAGAUUGGUGCUGAGCUACUCUCUCACCCACCAAGAUCCCUUUUACCCGCUAGUUUAGUACAUAAGACCAUCUCCAAUGCAAUGUUCAAAGGAGAGAAGAGGAGUGUUUAGUGAUGCUAUCAUUGUAAGUAGAUGGUUAAGUAGGAUGCUCAAGUUACAAAAACAACCAUAGAUACUUAUCAAUUGUAAUUUUGUAUGAUGAUAUUUGGGCACUAUAUUAGUUGAAAAUUAAUUUGAACAUUCAGUGAAGAUGUC